AAACUGUCUGCCUGCUGAAAACUUACAGGGAACCUGGUAGACUAGAUGAUCACUUCCUCCGGUGGACAUGGGAAAAAAGUUGGUGAUGGCCCAGAAGCGGGGAGAGACUCGAGCCCUUUGCCUGGGUGUGGCUAUGGUUGUGUGUGCUGUCAUCACGUACUACAUCCUGGGUACCACCGUGCUGCCCCUCUACCAGAAAAGCAUAUGGACCCAGGAAUCCACAUGCCACCUGAUUGAGACCAACAUCAGGGACCAGGAGGAACUGGAGGGCAAGAAAGUACCUCAAUACCCAUGCCUGUGGGUCAAUGUGUCAGCUGUGGGCAGGUGGGCUGUGCUGUACCACACGGAGGACACUAUGGAUCAGAACCAGCAGUGCUCCUACAUCCCAGGCAGCCUGGACAACUACCUGGUGGCCCGGGCCGACGUGGAGAAGGUCAGAGCCAAAUUCCAUGAGCACCAGGUUUUCUACUGCUUCUCGACAACUCGGGAGAAUGAGACCAGUGUCCUGUACCAGCGCCUCUAUGGGCCCCAGGCCCUCCUCUUCUCUCUCUUCUGGCCCACCUUCCUGCUGACUGGGGGCCUUCUCAUUAUCGCCAUGGUGAAGAUCAAUCAAUCCCUCUCCAUCCUGGCAGCUCAGAAGUAGACUCAUCUAGGCCACACCACACCA